AUGUCACAUGAGCAUGACCAUGCCCAUGAUUCCACAUCGCCUGUUUCUUCUGCAUCAAGUACUUCACCGACCGAUCUCACUAACCAGCAGACCAACAAAUCGAAUAUGGAGGCUCCUACCAAGACUUAUCGACGACCUCCUAUAAAGCAUAAUGCAGUAUCUGAAAUGACUAUUGAAGUGGACGAUGAUGAUGACGAUAAUGCAGGCGGUCUUGUGGGUGCCAAUCAUGCUGAUGCAAGUAAAACACCGGAGAAGCAAGCCAUGACCACCGAUGACAUGCAGCGCCAUUCCAUUUCGAAAAAGGUUAGAUCGAUUUUUGAAUUAUCGGAGGCCGAAAACCUGGUGGGUGAAUUUCCAUGCUAUCUUGUGCGACUUGUCACAUUACCUGGAUGGAUGUACUUGACCGAAUACCGGAUCUGCUUCUAUGCCUCAUUACCGAAUCAACAGAAAGCCCCUCGUAAAUCAGGAUAUCUUUCCAAAAAGAAUUAUCGCGCCUCUCCACGAACCUUCCGCUAUUAUUUUGAUCUGCAGAAUCACGUCUUGUCAUGGUACGAAUCGGCGGAAAAUCGAUAUCAUCCGAUCGGCAGUGUGAAUCUCAAACAUGUGACGCAAAUCCGGAAAUCGCGUACAAGGUCGUUUGGAUUCAAGCUCAUCACUCUGGACCACCGAUACAGUUUAACAGCUGAUUCUGAAGUGUCGCAAAAGGAAUGGAUGGAUGAGUUACAGCGAGCAGUGUUUAUGGCCAAAAAUGCCGGCAACACGGUACGCAUCAUGCUGCCGUUCGACAAGAUUAUAAAUGUAGAAAAACCGGCCGUUUUCGAUUUUGCGGAAUAUAUCAAGAUCACCAUCAUGGAUCCCGAUGUCAUGGAAGCGCAAACGGACGAUUAUUUUUUCGCAUUUUUCCCCGACAUACAUGCUGCCUUCAAGAAAAUCAUGUCGUUAUGGUCAGCAAAACGAUAUACCCAAGAAUUAGAUACCCGUUGUUGUGAUACUCAAGACCCGUCUGCCUGCUUACAGCAACUGUAUAUGGAUGGAACGCUGGCCGACACGUCCUCUGCUAUUUCGGCCAUUUUAGCAGGUAGCAUGAUCGCUUCCUCAGCACCUGUGGAUGAUGAGACAGGGUUACCUAGAACCGAUCCUUGGAAAAACGUGUUGGACCGUACUAUCUAUGGAACGGAACGAAACCCGUCCAUGUACCACACGACGAAUGAUGAAGAUCAUUGUCACGAUCACCAGCGAAAUGACAAUGAUGAUACUGUGGAUACAUCGGAAAAGACACCGUACCGAGGCAAUUUUCCAACGGCAAUUCCUGCUCAGAUAUAUUCUUCCACCGAACAUGCGACCGAUGCAGCCAAAGAGCAAGACGCUGGAACCAAAUCAUCUGCUUCCCUUCAAUCCACCCUCAGCAAGAUUCCACGUGCAGUGACAGGUGCUUUAAGUCAUGUUCGACGAUCGUCGAUACAAUAUGAUGAAGGCUCAUCUUCCGGAAACAAGUCCGCAGCACCCGAUCAUUCACCGCCGAACGAAGUCGACGUUAGACGUAGCUCCAGCGUGCCUGACGAAAAUAAAACAUCAAAAAAGAAGAACCGGCGCUUCCGCAGCGGAUCACUGAACUCAAUCAAACACUUUGCAUUUCAUCCUUUUCACCAACUGAGCCACGCAUGGCAACCUCCAUCCCCUGACCCUCAACGUGAAUCAUUCAGUGACGACGAUGAAGAAAAAAUGAGGAAGCGCGGACGGGGCGCCGUCGUAUACCCAUCGCAGGCCUUGGACAAGCCUUGUCACAACAAUAUCCCAGUGAUUGUGGAACCAGAAAAGAAAGAUCAUGAUGCGGACCGCCAAAAGCCCAAAGCAUCUUCAUGGAUAAGCAACAAAUUCUUGGAUAUGUUUCAGCAAGAUUACGGAUUGCAGCUAUGGUCCAACAAUGGAGCCGAGAAACAGACUCUCACAGUGGAUGAAGAACAAGAACGUCUGGCGUUGAAUGAACAGUUGCGAAAACAGUUUCCGAUGCUGAGCGAAAUGGAGACCGUAGAAGCAGCAUUCAAUGUCGCAUUUUGGCGGAUUUUGCCGUAUUAUGGAAAAUUAUACCUGACACAGAAUUACGUUUGUUUUCAUUCCAAAGUUCUCGCUGGACGUCAAAAGCUUAUUAUUCCCAGCAGUGACGUCAUGCAUGUGCGACGAUUAAAAAGUCGAGGAUACCAGUUUCUUCAUGGUGUGGGUGUCACCGUCAAGAACAUGAAUGAAGAGAUAUUUUUCGAACUGUCGUCGAUUGAGGUACGGGAUCGAUGCUAUGCCAUGCUAUAUCUGCAGAUGCUCAAGGUGUGGCAAAACAAUCAUAAACAAACACCACUUUCGGAAUCGAAUCCCACCCCGCUUCAGCUGAGCGAGAUUUUGGAAUCUUCAACAGAGCAUGUCAUACCACCUACAGGAUACAAUGGUCCACCGCUGUUGUCAUCUCUAUCUUCUAUUGAGACCCAACCAAAGUACAAUCCUCCUUCAUCGCCUCUGGUAAUCACUUGUCUUACGGCCGGCUCGCGCGGCGAUGUGCAGCCUUAUGUGGCUUUAUGCAAGGAACUUCAAAAAGAUGGCCAUCAUUGUCGAAUUGCUUCUCAUGAAGAAUAUAAGGAAUGGGUGGAGAGUCACGGUAUUGAAUUUCGUUCCAUCGGCGGCGAUCCGGCUGAGCUCAUGAAACUAUGUAUCGACAACGGAUUUUUGUCCAUGUCUUUUAUUCGGGACGGUGUAAAAUUCUUCUAUGACUGGUUAGACACCUUAUUGGAGACAGCUUGGGCGGCCUGUCAAGGGACGGAUGUGCUUAUUGAAAGUCCUAGUGCGCUGGUCGGUAUUCAUAUGGCGGAAAAGCUCGAGAUCCCAUACUUCCGAUCGAUGCCUUUUCCGUGGAGUCGAACAACGCGAUUCCCUCAUCCAUUUGCUAUGCAGACGUAUCCUGGCGGUCGUGUGUACAACGAUAUGACCUAUGUCAUGAUUGAUAUGGCGCUGUGGACGGGGAUUUCCAAAUACGUAAAUCGGUUUCGUAAAAAUGUGCUGCAUUUGCCCGCUACGACGUUGGAGAAAUUAGAGCUAUGGAAAGUACCACACAUUUACUCAUUCAGUCCUACCGUGGUUGUACCACCAAAAGACUGGCCCGAUUACAUCCAUUGUACGGGUUAUUGGUUCCUUGAACAGUCCGAACACACGUGGGAGCCAGAACCCGAACUUGAAGCGUUUCUUUCCGCAGACGAUGAUCGACCCAUCAUCUACAUUGGAUUUGGAUCCAUUAUUGUUCCGGACCCGGAAGAAGUGAGUCGGACCAUCGUCGACGCCGUCCAACAAGCCAAUGUACGCGCCAUUAUCUGUAAAGGGUGGUCCUCUCGGCUUAGCAAGAAACCCGAAACCAAAGAUCCCAACGUUGAGAGCAGCAAAAUUUUGGAAGGCCAUUCGGACCAAAUUCUUAAUUUGAAUUCGGUGCCCCAUGAUUGGUUGUUUCCUCGUAUUCGCGGUGUCGUUCAUCACGGUGGUGCUGGAACUACUGCAGCUGGACUGAAAGCGGGUUUACCGACUAUUAUUAAACCGUUUUUUGGCGACCAAAGGUUCUGGGGCCAGCGUAUCGAAGAAUUAGGUGUCGGCGUAUGUAUGCCCAAGUUAUCAGUGGAUAAACUGACAGAUGCCCUCGUGACCAUCACGGAAAACAAGACGAUGAUUAUGAAAGCCAAAUCCGUGGGUGAAACACUGGCAAAGGAAAACGGGCUAAAAACCGCCGUAGAAUGCAUUUACCGUGAUUUAUCAUUUGCAAAACGCACUGCCCAGGAGUAA